UGGCCACCGGCUUUCAAACGUAAACGUAUAGGAUUGAUUAAAUUCCAAAAUUGUUUGUGCAUAAUGACAAAACCAAAGCCUGCUGAUGAUCCGCCGGCUACCAAAAUACGCAAAGGUGUCCUUACGGUAGCUCAAAUAAAUGCUGAUGAGCUUACUUUCUUGGCUAACCGUUUCUGGGCUCCAGAUACUGGCAGUUGUCAUGAAGAAUACAAUCCUAGCGUUAUCGAAGAAAUUUAUCGACGGGAAAUUUGCGAAACGCGCCAUUCGAUGCGCCGAAUUAUGAUGUUGGAAUUCAGCCAGUAUUUGGAAAACUAUUUAUGGCCGAAUUAUGACGGAAGUGUGUCAACCCGUGCACAUUUGAUGUCAAUUGUAGUUAUGCUAAAUGAGAAAUUUAGAGAAAAAGUGGAAGUGUGGAAAGUGUUUGAAGAGCGUCCGGAUCAGUUUCCAGUGUUUUUUCAGCAGGUACUGGAGGCCUGUCUUGAGGAAAUUACGGUUACAGCUUUCAACAUGCGUGAACAAACGGCUUUAUUGGUAUUUCUAAAUCAUUGUUUUAAUAGUAUGGAAGUUGAAUUGUGCAGAAAUCAAGCAAAAAGAUUAGUUUCCCUUGCGAUGUGGUCUUGCUUGCAGCCAAAGCGACGUGAACAAGAGCUGAAAGAAAUUCCAGAAUGGAGGAAAUUUUGGAAAAAGUUGCAAAAAAGGGACAAACCCGAAAUGAAGUUAAAGCUUGAGUGGGAAAGGCACUUUUUACAAAAUCUUGUGAUUAAGUUUAUGAACAUUCUGGAAUUGAUUCCAGAAGAAGGAGAAGUUUACGAGGAAACAGUCAGAUACUGUGAAAGAUUUUUAGAGUUUUUGAUAGAUUUGGAGGCACUACUGCCAACGAGACGAUUUUUUAACACAGUAAUGGACGAUUGUCACGUUGUCGUGCGGUGUUCGAUGGCUCCAUUGCUUCAGAGACCCGAGGGGAAUUUGUUUGCCCAGCUUUUAGACAUGCUUAAGUUCUAUGCUCGUUUCGAGAUAAACGAUGAGACUGGCGAUCCAUUAACCGAUCACGAUAUGACACAACUGCACUAUUCAAAGAUCAAGGCUUUACAGAAGGCAGCAUUUGCCAAAUUCCCGGACCUAAGACUGUUCGCUCUUUCCAAUGUGGCUAAUGUGGAUACACGGGAAUCACUAGAGAAACAUUUUGGAGCCCUUGACGGGAAAAGCCUGAAGGAUAUUGCCUGUUAUCUUAAUCUGGUCCCGGAGGAGCUAAAUCCACCAUUCCAAUGGCAUAGGUUAGACGAACCAUUUCUCCGGGAACUGCUGAUAUCUAGACACGAGCGUCGAGUCUCACAGUUAGAAUCAUUAAACGAGAUGCCGCUGUAUCCGACUGAGGAGAUUAUUUGGAAUGAAAAUAUUGUUCCCACGGAGUACUACUCCGGCGAUGGGUGUUUAGCUUUACCAAAGUUGAAUUUGCAAUUUUUAACACUGCAUGAUUAUCUUCUCAGAAACUUUAAUCUUUUUCGACUGGAGUCUACAUACGAAAUUCGCCAGGAUAUUGAGGACGCAGUGAGUCGAAUGCUACCUUGGCAAUCAGAAGAGGGCGACGUGGUGUUUGGAGGUUGGGCCCGAAUGGCAUUACCGAUUCAGUCGUUUGCGGUGGUUGAAGUGUCAAAACCUCAUAUUGGUGAAAAGAAACCCUCGCGCGUUCGAGCGGAUGUAAGCGUAACGCUUAAUAUUCGUAAGGAAAUUCAGGAAGAGUGGGAAAAUUUACGCAAACAUGAUGUUUGUUUUCUAAUCACCGUAAAGCCAACUCAACCUAUUGGAACAAAGUACGACUAUAAAGAGCAUUUCAUUCCACAAGUUGGCUUAGUUCACGUCCGCGGGUGUGAAAUUGAAGGAAUGUUAGACGCAAACGGGCGAGUAAUUGAAGACGGAAUCGAACAAAGACCGCAAUUGACUGGUGAGCAACGCACCUAUAGAGUAUGGCUCGAUUCAAAUCAGUAUCGUGUGGAUAUGGAUGGACUUCAAACAGGUGGGGAUGACGUUUAUGAAGGAUUUAACGUUAUUAUGCGCCGUAAGCCGAAGGAAAAUAAUUUCAAGGCUGUCUUAGAAACUAUUCGACACCUGAUGAACACAGAAUGUGUGGUUCCUCCGUGGCUACAUGAUAUUCUGCUAGGAUACGGUGAUCCGGGCGCAGCUCAUUACAGCCGAAUGAGUGAGCAAGCACGCGUGUUGGACUUUAACGAUACUUUUCUGGACAUAGAUCAUGCAAAGUGUAGCUUUCCUGAGUACGAAAUAGUGGUUAAGGAAUCGGAGCCAGGGAAACUUGUACGCCCUUUUCGAUUAACCUUCGAAGAUGUUCCUGUGCAAGUCGACACUAGCGAUGAUGAUGACGACAAUUGCGAUGAUAAAAAUAUGAAAUUACCGAAGAAAGUUGUGAUUGAGCCAUAUGUCAUCCCUAAGCGAGGUCCGUAUAAAUACAACGAACCAAAAAAGAACACAAUUCGCUUCACUCCAACUCAAGUUGAGGCAAUACGAGCUGGCAUGCAGCCUGGGUUGACACUGGUCGUAGGACCUCCGGGAACUGGUAAAACCGACGUGGCAGUCCAAAUCAUUUCCAACCUUUAUCACAAUCAUCCUCAGCAACGUACCCUGAUUGUUACACAUUCUAAUCAGGCUUUGAAUCAACUGUUUGAAAAAAUUAUGGCACUUGACAUAGACGAACGCCAUUUGCUUCGAUUGGGUCACGGAGAGGAAUCAUUGGAAACUGAAAAGGAUUACAGUCGGUACGGCCGAGUUAACUACGUCUUAUCAAAGCGUAUCGAUUUACUGGAGCAAGUUCAGCGUUUACAGGACUCGCUCGGAGUCGCCGGGGAUGUUGCGUAUACUUGCGAAACAGCAGGUCAUUUCUUCUUGUAUCAAAUCAUUGCUCGAUGGGAAAAGUUUCUAAAUGAUUUCAAUGCAAGCAAGGAGUAUAAGAAUGCGGCUUCUUUUGAAGAAGAAUUUCCAUUCACAAAAUUUUUCCACGAUGCUCCACAACCGCUCUUUGGUGGAAGUACUUUCGAGGAGAACAUGGAGAUUGCAAAGAGUUGUUAUCGGUAUAUUUCGCACAUUUUUACCGAAUUGGAAGAGUUCCGAGCCUUUGAGCUCUUGCGAAGCGGUUUGGAUCGAUCAAAGUAUUUAUUGGUGAAGGAGGCCAAAGUUAUCGCUAUGACCUGCACCCAUGCUGCUUUAAAAAGAAAGGAGCUAGUUAAUAUGGGUUUUAAAUACGAUAACAUCUUAAUGGAAGAAUCGGCACAAAUUUUGGAAAUAGAAACUUUUAUUCCAUUGUUGUUGCAAAACCCUAUGGACGGUUACAACCGUCUAAAACGAUGGAUUAUGAUUGGUGACCACCACCAACUGCCUCCAGUCAUUAAGAAUAUGGCUUUCCAAAAGUAUUCCAAUAUGGAGCAAUCUCUUUUUACUCGUUUGGUUCGUUUGGGAGUCCCAACAAUUGAUUUAGACGGUCAGGGACGUGCUAGAUCCAGUAUUUGUGAACUAUACAAAUGGCGCUACUCCAAGCUGGGCGAUUUGGAACAUAUCACCAAAUACCCAGAGUACAUCAACUGUAAUCCAGGCUUUGCAUAUGAUUAUCAACUGAUUAACGUGGAGGAUUUCAAUGGAGUCGGUGAAUCGGAGCCAAAUCCAUAUUUCUACCAAAACCUUGCCGAAGCAGAAUAUGUGGUUGCUGUUUUUAUGUACAUGCGUUUGAUUGGCUAUCCAGCAGAGAAAAUUUCUAUUUUGACAACAUAUAAUGGUCAAAAGCAUUUAAUUCGGGACGUAAUAGAAGCUCGCUGUGCUGAAAAUUCUCUUGUGGGAAAACCACACAAGGUUACAACCGUCGAUAAGUAUCAGGGUCAACAAAACGAUUAUAUACUUCUUUCACUGGUUCGUACUAAAACCAUUGGUCACAUCAGAGACGUGCGUCGACUGGUAGUGGCAAUGAGUCGCGCACGUCUAGGAUUGUAUAUAUUUGGGCGAGUGUCUCUUUUUAAAAAUUGCGUAGAACUACAACCGGCAUUUAAAUUGCUGACCAAGCGUCCUCUACAAUUGCAUCUCGUGGCGGAUGAGAUGUAUCCUGGGUCGAGGGCACUUGGCGACACAAUCGAAAAAAGUUCAGUCGUCAUGAAAGAUAUGACUGCGAUGGCACAGUAUGUGUACAAUUAUUACAUGGAAAAGGUGAAUGUAAUUCGAGAAGAAAUGGAAAAGAUGAAAGAGCUAUACGAACAUCAACAACGGGAGCAAGCUGUCAGUGAAUCUAAAUCAGCAGAUAAUGAAGCUGAAAUAGAUGCUGAGCAGAAACGUGCUGCAAAAAAGGAACAAUCGAAAGAGUUUGUUCCAGCUUUAAUACGUAAUGAAGUUGAUGUUGAGGACUGCUGUGAACAGCCAUCACGUAGUAAAAAACGAUUACCUAAAGUAAACGACAGGAUGCAACAAGCGCAGGAAAACCUUUCUGAACAUAGCGAAAACGAAAAAGUAGUUACUGAGCCUUCAUCUGGUGCAAUGGAAGUUGAACAGAUGGAGGAGCAUUCAUCUAGAACCGUAGUAGAAAGCCAAGAGACACUAGAAGAAUUGAAAUCAGUAGAAGAUUCUAAUCAGAUGGAAUUGGAUACAAACGAUACGUCUAAAUAAAUAAUGAAGAAAUAUUGAAGUAAGCGAACAUUUUUUAUAAACUAUAGUA